AUGGCGUUUCUCGCCAUCUUCCUUUCUGGCGCGGGGCUUUCCAUUCUGUCUGCUCUUGAUCUGCAGAUUAUCCAACGGCUGAGGUCUUCUGGUGCACUCAUCCUGCCCCACUCGCCCGGUGUGCCUACUCUUGUCCGCACUGUCUCCUGUCCGCUCUGCCUCAUCUUCUGCUGCUCUGCCUCACCUUCUCCCGCUCUCAUCACCUUCACCCGCUCAUCAUCCCCCCCAUCUGCUCCAUCGCAGUCCUUCACGCCUGGAGGGUCCAGCAGCGGGUCAGCAGCAGCUGUCGCAGCAGGCAUCUGUCCGCUCGCCCUCGCAUCACAGACGUGUGCGUCCAUCUCCCGCCCUGCAGCCUUCACAGCCACGGUGGGCUUUAAGCCCUCCCACCACCGCCUCCCUGCCUCUGGCUGCGUUUCGCCAUCGCCCUCCCUGGACCAGUUUGGAGUCAUAUCACUCUCAGUGCGCUGGGCUGCACUCUUUGGCCAAGCCGUGCUGCCCCACUGGCGGCCCCCACCCCCCCGUGCAGCUGUGCAGUCCCCGAGGGGCCGCUGUUUGGCAGUCCCCGAGGGGCCGCUGCUGGAGCAGUGUGAGGGGGGAGCAGCGUGGGAGGGGUUUCAGCAGCUGCUGGCGCAGAUGAGGGCGAGCAGGUGGGCGGGGGUGUGA